ACUGUACAAAUAAAUCACCAGCAAUGUAAAAACAAAGCUUGGGAUUUAUGUGCAACGCAAAUAAAAACCUUCCUGGCUGUUGACAGUUUUCAGUUAAGAUUAGUUUUAAAAGCAACCCAAGCAAAUAGCAACAAUGCUAACAAGGCAGAUCAUGCUGUGUUGUUGAAGAAAGAAAGAAAGAAAGAAAGAAGCACUGGCACACCUGUGACUUUAAGAAAAUGAGGACAGCAGGACUUGUGCAUUUUUGCAGAGUGAAUUUGAGGUAAGCUAACCAUUUUGCUACUGUUGUUACUGUGGUUAACUUGCUAGCUAGAGUUAGCUACUCUAAUUUAGCUCUUAAAUUGACGAUAUGCACUAACAACUUUCACUUUUACUUCCAGUCAGUCGUCUCCAGGGGAAACUUGGACUUUUUAAGUCGGAGAGCCUGAAUUCCACAAGCCAUUGAAAGACACUGCGGUCCUGCCUCACGUGACCCGGCCAACAGUCGAGGAAAGAAGCCUAUAACAGGCCACCACAGUGCGUUGUUUAUUUUCUCACCGUGUUGGCAAACUCGGUGAAAAGCGAGCCAUGACGCUGCGUCCACUGUCAUCUCUGUGGCUUCCGAUCACUUUUCCACUACUACUGCUUCACCCGGAACUCCCAUGUCCAUGUAUGGAGAGGUGGAGGGGGCGGGGCCGGACACUGCCUUUUAUGGAGCUUCCACUUUGAGCGCACACUUGAACUGGACUCCCAAGUCACAGUGAGUCUGUGGAUUCUCACAGCUGAGCUCGCGAUAUUUACAAGCGAUUAAAGUCGCUCAAUUAAUGUCUUUGUGUGUGUGUGUGCCACUUAAUAUUGUCAUUUUAAGGUUGAAAAGUGAAUUAAAUCAGUUUUAUAAUACAUUAGUUGCCUUUAUAAGUCUGUGGCAGGCGAUGGCAAUAUUUUACUAAUCUACUCAUUUAUAAUCAGGGUUAUUUUUUCUAUGUGUAUACUUUUCCUUUGGGGACAGUAAAGUAGAUUUGAAUUGAUUUAGGCUGCAUUAUCAUUUUUUCUUCCCUUUAGAAGAAAAGAGAGGCUUAAAUCUGUAGUCUUGUAAAAAAAAAAUUCCAAUUACUUUUAUUAUUCUAUGAUCGUUAUCUGUGAUAAUACACUGUAACAGUGUUGCACCAGGACAUAAAGGGACACUGUGUGAGUUAUAAGUAUAAGAAGAAUGUCACUCAUGUGUAUUACAUUAAUGUGAUAAGUGUGUGAGGAGAUAAAGACUUAGUCACAACAAGCUUUCCAUUACAUGUCAUUUCCACACAAACUGGUCCGCACAGUCCAGAAACAAAGCAUCAUCUACAACCAAUAAUCUAACCAUAACUAAACUCAACCAGCCCCUCAGAAAUGAGAUUCUGCCUUAUUUUUGGUCAGCGUUAAUGCAAGAACACACACACUCUCACACACUGACACGUGCGUAAAAACAUUGCAGGUUGAUCUAGAUUUCACAUAAAUCUCACAAAACAAACUAACACAGUGACUUCAGUGUUUUCUUCUCAUUUACAGGAUACAAAGAGGACUCGGGUCGCAGCUGGAUUUGACCUGAAUGGAGCUUUUUUUUUUGUCAACUUAUCUGUGUCGGAGCCUCUUUUCCCCUUUUCAACAUCAAGUUUCCACACAGACUGACGCGCGGAGAGAAAGCGCCCGGUGCCGCGGAGCAGCACGCACUCACGCACGCCUGAGCGCUCCUCCUGUCCAUAUAUGGUCAUCUACGUCACGCUGAAGUUCCAUCCCCCUAUUUAAUACAGACACACUGGAGUCCCCUAUCCAGCUUCAAUAGAGCAAGUAGAGCUGCUCUUGUGCAACCAACACCACCACCUCCUCCUCCUCCUUCUCCUCCACCUCCUCCUCCUCUUCUUCUAUUUGAUUCACAGACUUCAAAUUCCCCCACAAGCAGCUCAUCAGCUUCCACAGUGAUCAGAUUAAUAACAACAAUAGUCUGUGUGUGAGUGUGUGUGAUCACACAGGAGGAGACUACACCGCCACUGCUGCUGCUGCCGCCGCCGCCGCCGCUGCUGCUCGCGCGCCGUGGGGAUACCUGGAUUCCUGAUCCACACCUGUGCUUCUUCCACUUUUGGCAUUUUUUGUUUUUCUUUUUUUUUUGGGUACGUGUGUAGCUCCUUGGAUAAGCCGCGCGCUGCUGUCUCCUCCAUAAAUGUCGGACUGAACACAAGUGCUAUGACAGGGAAACUAGCGGAGAAGCUCCCUCUUACCAUGAGCAGUUUAAUAAACACGAUCCCUGACAGUCUCUACCCAGAAGAGGACAUCCCGACGUCUAUGAAUAUUUUCACCAGUACGGAAUCUAUUAACCACUAUUCACAGAUGAACACAGAUAACAUCAUGGACCUGGGCAUGGGAGGUGAGAAGGCAGCCUCAGACAUCCAGUACGGAUCCAGCUUCCAGUCCAACCGCAGCGGGCAGACCGUCACCUAUCUGGGGAAGUUCGCCUUCGACACGCCUCCGUCAGGUGGCAUCGGCGGCUCCGGCUGGUGCUCUGACAACAACAUCAUCAGUCUCGUCAGCGCCGGGAUCCUGGGCGUCUCUCCGUCACCUGGCACGGUGACGACGCAGACGCCGUCCUCCGCCGGGAACAUGGGCGGACAGACGUCAGACAUGGAGCAGGUCUACGGUCCGCCGCUGCCUGCCUACUCCACCUGCAGCGACCUCUACCAGGAUCAGGUCUCCUUCCACCACAGUCCCGCCACCAGCACGUCUCUCGCCUACCCCGGCAAUGACUAUCACUCCACGUCCAAAGCCUCCAUGGAUGGCAGCCUUUUCUCCAUGAUCCCAGACUACAACCUUUUCCACCAUCAAGGGGACGUCGGCGUCAUGGAGCACAAGCCCUUCCAGACCAUGGACCCAAUCCGAGUCAACCCUCCGCCCAUCACGCCCCUGGAGACCAUCAGAGCGUUCAAGGACAAGCAGCAGAUUCACCCAGGUUUCAUGGGCGGGCAGCAACACCCUCCACAGCACCACCCGCCGCCACAGACUCUCACCCUCAAACCCAUCCGGCCUCGGAAGUACCCCAACCGUCCCAGCAAAACCCCCGUCCACGAGCGCCCGCACGCCUGUCCGGCGGAGAACUGCGACCGGCGUUUCUCGAGGUCGGACGAGUUGACGCGUCACCUGCGCAUCCACACGGGCCACAAGCCCUUCCAGUGCCGAAUAUGCAUGCGCUCCUUCAGCCGGAGCGACCACCUGACCACGCACAUCCGCACGCACACGGGCGAGAAGCCCUUCUCCUGCGAGUUCUGUGGACGCAAGUUCGCCCGGAGCGACGAGCGGAAGAGACACGCAAAGGUCCACCUGAAACAGAAGGACAAGAAGCCAGCGGACAAGAGCAGCGGGGCGGCGGGGAGCCACAGCUCGCCCCCCAGCUCCUGUGGGGGUCCGACCGUGGGGACAUCAUGACUGGACCCUCACCACGCCCAUCGUAGAGACACUUUUGAAGAAGGGACCACGUCCACUAUGAGAUAAAUAGGUGACUUUCCUCCUCUCUUUUACACCCCCAGCUCCUCUCAGUUGUAUUCCUUCUGUUUUUUAGAUGGAAGCCUUUAGAUUUAUUAAGCGUGGAAAGGCUGCUACGCCCUUCUCUCUUUCAAGCAACUCAGAGCCUCAGCUACUGUAACGCAGUGCCAACAACACAAAGACGGGCACCUUAGCACAUUCUGCCCACAAACAGGCCACUGUGUGUGUGUGUGUGUGUGUGUGUGUGUGAGGGAGAGAGCGAGUGUGUGUGAGUGCGUGUGUGUAGAUACACUUUUUUUUUUUGUAAAAA